AAAGCUAAACAAACACAUAUCACCGUGGUUUUGUUUACACUAUACAUGCUAAAGGAAAAAUCCUGGUUUAUGACAUCGACAAUGCAUGAUGUCUUCUUCAUCUUCUUCUUCCAGUUGAGCGCUAACUUCACAAUUGAAGACUACAGCACUUUUGAUGGGCGUGAAGUCAAACUGGAUGAUGAUGCCUAGCGGCGAUAUCCAGUCAACUUUCUGAGAUUCUGAGAUGUGAGAGACGUUUCAUUUUUAUACACGAUUAACAAAAGGCCUACAUACAUUCCAUUGGUCCAGUGACGCCGCGGGUGGUGCUGCUGUCGUUGCACUUGUAAAAGUAUUCUAUUCUGACGUUGAACUAUUAAAACUGCCUGACAAUGUCUUCCACGAAAGUCAAGAAGAAAAGAAGUAAAACGGAUGGGAAUGGGAACAUCAGUGAUUCCACAUCAUCCGAAGCAACAGAGGCUAGGCCCGCAGUGUCAUACCAGCAGAAGUUGAAAUCAGUACUGACUGGAGAAAAGGUUGAUUUAAACACCAAGGAAUUUAUGGGCUGCAAGAUCUCAACCAAGGCCUUCCAGCAGCUUACUCCGCAUGAAAUUCGAGAUCUCAAGACAGUGUUUGAUGCUUUUGCAGAUUCAGAAGGGAUGAUACGAGCAGAUGCUGUUCGAAGAACAAUGAGGGCCCUUGGCUUCAAGCUUACAAAGCAACAAGCCCAGGCGAUGGUUGCUGACAUGGAUCUGGACAGAUCUGGGACCAUUGAUUUCAAUGAGUUUCUGGAGUUCAUCAUUGAUAGGCAGGGAACAGCAAGGGACAUCUAUGCAGAGAUUCAGCAGGGUUUCCGCAUGUUUGAUUAUGAUGGAACAGGCCAAAUCUCCUUGGACAACUUGAAGAAGGCAUGCAAGGAGGCAGGUGUCAAGUUCACAGAGCAGGAACUACGAGACAUGAUUGAGGAAGCUGACCGGAAUGGAGACAACUUUGUGAACCUGGAAGAAUUUACCAACGUUAUGCUCAAGACCAAUCUGUUCUAAUGCUGUGUGUUCCAAUUGACUCCAUGCAUGAAUGCGAGGGAUCCGGUGGGUGGAAGGGCCUGUGCCCGAGCUAUGGCAUGAAGAAUGCACAACUGAUUUUGGGACGCUUUUUUAACAAUUUCUUCCAACCUUUAAGGUCAGCUUUACCAGUAACCAGUAUUAACGUUUCGGCAUCCACUUUUUCACUGACAUGAAGUUUAGAAUUUC